AUGACAUCAAUGGUUGUGACAAUUGAUGACAUUUUGGAUCAAUUGUGGAGUGAAAACAAACGACUUCUCAAAGAGUUAUUGUUUGCCAACAAAUUUAAGACAAUUUUGUUGAAAUUGUUUGACAAAUAUGAAGAACAUAUCGAUAGAGAAGACAAACAUGAGUUCAAACAAUUGCAAGAAGUUAUGAAAAAUGAGAUUCAAUUGAAGGAUAAGGAGAUUGAAGAGAACAGUCAUAUCGUGGAUCAGAAAGCCUGUGAUAAUGAUUGUCAAUUUUAUAGAUCAAAGACCAGAUCAGGUCUUAAUUUAUGUAAAAUUGGAUCAGCUCGAGAUGAUAGUGGGUUUGAAACUGAAGAGCUGAAUACAAAUAAUGAAUGUUAUGACUCAACAACUGAUUCAUAUAUUUGUCCACAAAAUAAUUGUCACAAAUCUUUUAACAAUUCAAAAAAGUUUUUAACGCAUUGCAACUCUUGUAAACCGUCGAAGAAUAUCAAUAAGAAAUAUAUUUAUGAUAAGAUUACAAGAAAAUUAAACUGUCGUUACGAGAACUGCGACAAAAUGUUUGCUGUUAUAAGUGCUCUUUGGAAACACGAGAAACUGUACCACGAAAUGGACAAAACAAAGAAAUUGAAAUGUCAUUACACGGACUGUCAGUUUAAAUGUUUAUUCAAUAGCCAACUGAAACAACACGUGAAUAAUAAACAUUUAAAUAUUAUCAGUAAUUCAUUUAUUUGUCCGAUAAGUGGAUGUAAUAAAUCAUUAAAAACAAAGAAUAAUCUCAACCAACACCUACUGAUCCAUACAAAUACAUUAGUUAGAUGUGAUUUUGAUGGAUGUCACCGACAAUUCAGAAAUAGGACUCAAUUGACUGUACAUAUGGCGCAACAUAAAAGUGAACCGACACUUAAGUGUUCAGUAAAGGGAUGUUUGGAAAAGUUUUUUAAUGAAAGAGAAAGGUAUAGACACCGAAAGUUAGUACAUAAAUAUAAACGGGUAAUCGUUUUGUAUAAGAAACGGUGCGUUUGGCCCGGAUGUGACUAUUUCGGUAAUAGACUGACCACUCAUAUGGAAGUACAUACCGGAUUGAGACGUCAUGAAUGUCUUUGGCCACAAUGUGGUAAACGGUUUAGGAGUUCGACUGCUCUACAAAAUCAUAUGAAUAUUCACAAUAAUGUUAAGCCAUAUCAGUGUCGUUGGCCAGGAUGUGACUACAGAAGCGCAAAUAAUCCAAAUAUACUUAAACAUAUGAAACAAGUGCACCAAAAACAAUGAUUAUCACAUUUGUUUUGAAAUAAAUUAUUUUUUAAUUACCGUAAACUAAUUAUAGACUAUAUAUUUCGUGGUGUGAAUGUUUCGGUAGACAAACCAAUACAUGGAAGUUCAUACGGGAGUCAAACGGUUUCCAUGUCUUUAGCCGAGUGUGACAAACAAU